UUUAGAGCGUUUCUGAACUCUGACUGACUGCACCGCCAAAAUGAGUUAUUAGGAAACAGAAAUCUCCACAACGAAAUUUGCCUUAUUUAUGGCACUGUCGGAGUACACAAAAGUCACUCAGCCACUCAUCAUGGAAUGACAGCAGGUAAACUUACUCCACCACAACCAGUCUCACCGCAAGAAACUCAACCAGGGUGCUCUGCAGUUGCCGACCGACGAUAGAUUUGGCAUUUGGCUAAUAUCGGCAGAUCGAAGCUCUGCGCCCCUGAAGAAUCAGAUGUCUGACAAUGGUGCCUCAGCGAUCAACCUUUUGUCUUACGAGACACUGGUACACGCCGUGGCAGGUGCAGUGGGUAGCAUGACGGCGAUGUCCGUCUUCUUUCCUUUGGAUACAGCGAGGAUCAGACUUCAGGUGGAUGAGAAUCGGAAGUCCAAAUCGACUGCCAUUCUCCUGGCUGAAAUAGCAAAGGAGGAAGGCCUGUUGUCUCUGUACAGAGGCUGGUUCCCAGUCAUCUCCAGUCUGUGCUGCUCCAACUUCGUCUACUUCUACACCUUCAACACACUGAAGAAAGUCAUGGUGGGUAAUCAGGGCCGGUCCAGACCAGGAAAAGACCUCCUCAUGGGCUUCAUCUCAGGGGCAGUCAACGUGCUCCUGACCACGCCCAUGUGGGUGGUCAACACCCGGCUCAAGCUGCAGGGGGCAAAGUUCAGGAACGAAGACCUCAAGCAGACCCACUACAGAGGCAUCUUUGAUGCUUUCUCGCAGAUCAUAGCCAGCGAGGGAGUGGGGACUCUUUGGAACGGUACACUGCCUUCUCUGGUGCUGGUCUUCAACCCUGCAGUCGUGUUCAUGUUCUAUGAAGCCAUGAAGAGGAGAGCAGGCCGAGGAGGGAGGAAGAUUACAUCAGCAGAGAUCUUUCUCAUUGGAGCUGUGGCCAAGGCCAUCGCUACCACGGCGACGUAUCCCCUGCAGACCGUCCAGGCCAUUCUAAGGUUUGGGCAGCACAAGGCUGAGGGCAAGGGAGGUCUACUGGGCAGUCUCCAAAACAUAGUCUACCUACUUAUGGACAGAAUCAAGAGGCAUGGUGUGCUGGGCUUAUACAAAGGCCUGGAGGCCAAACUGCUCCAGACAGUACUAACGGCAGCCCUCAUGUUUGUGGUGUACGAGAAGAUCACCGCAGCCACCUUCAAGGUCAUGGGCAUCAACAAGAAACUGAAGCACUGAGGUGUGAGCUAGCCCCUAGACCUCAACCUGCACUGGCUAUACAACAGUGGUCACCACCCACCCUAGUCCCGGGUUUUGUUCCUGCCCAGCGACGAAACCCCUGGUUCAACGUUCAGAUUGACCUAUAGAUAUGACCACAUAUCUGGAACUUGAUUCAGGUGUGUUUAGAACUGGGUUAUGACAACCUUACACACCUGUCUCCAAGAUGAGGGUUGGUGACCACUGGACUAUUGACACCCCAUCCCAACUUCC